UUUUAAUACUAUCGUGACAAAAUAAUCUUUGAGUUGUUUUCUCUAGUCUUUGGUAGUAGGUAAUAUGUUUGAUCUGUCAAAAAAUGUCUUUUUGACGUGAUUUGCCGAUAAAAUUAUUUGGAUAGUUCAUUUUUAUAAACAUGGGAGGUUCUCAAAGCACUCGAAAAGUAACUGUUGAUAAUGAAAAUGCUAUCCAAGUGUCUCAGGAAGCUUUAGACCGGAUACAAUCUCAGCUCACGGCAAAACAAGCUGAACCAAGGCCCCAAUCUGCACAACCAUACUCACCACCAGCAUAUGACUACAGACGUCAAAACGAAUACGCUGCUGAGGAGGCUUACUGGGCGCACCGCAUUGAGAACCUAAAGAGGGCACAUGAGAAAAUAAACAGCGGAAUGCAUUUGGAAUAUCAAAAGACACUGAAAGAAGCUAAUAAGUUAUUUAAUAUGGUUGAAGAAGACAAAGUAGCCUCUAAACUGCCACCCUGCCAAGAGGAGAAAGCUAAGGUUCUCCAGUGCUACAGUACAAAUCCAAACAAAUCACUUCUGUGUUCAGUGCUAGUGAAUGAAUUCAAUGACUGUGUGUGCAAGAGCAGAGUAGCAGCUGUAACGGCCACGUCUUAACAACCAGAAUUAUGUAAAUAAUCAUUAUUAGUAAAUGUUUCUAUCAACACCAAGCAGUACUGACCUCAAAGGUUGCAUUCGGCCGUGGAGUAGAUUUAAUAUUAAUGAUGUAUCAAUAAACUGUUAUUAAUUUAUACUGUUUCUUUUUUACUUCUUUAUUUGUGAUUUUGGUGUGAAAAUGUCGCCUAAUUAUUUCUAUGAGUUUUUAUAAUUAUAAUUGUUGAUAAUUUGAGGCCUGUUUUAAUAAAAUUUAAGUUCUUCAUAUAUAUAAUCUUUUAGCUGCUUCAAAAAGCCCCUUAACUACUUCCACUGCUAUCUACAUGAACUAAUAACUUUGUUUAUUUCUAACCUAACCUGCCUUGGUGUAGCAAGUAUAAUAUAU